GCUCUUGACGCGUUACUUUAUAAGUUCAAGUUCAAACAUUGAACAUUUCUCCUCAUCCUCCGUUUAACAAGAGAACUCUUGCAAGGCUACCCUCUUCGCCCUUUGUCUAUUUCUUUAUACUCUUUUUAGAGAUCUCUUCACUUAGACGACGACAAUGACCACACUCCAACCUUCCAAAGCUCGUGCCGACAAGCUCGUCGCUCUUCCUAGCUUGUCAUGCGGUCUCUCUUCAUUACCUCAAGCCAAAAGCAUGGACAGCGUGUCACUCCAUCCAAACAUGUACGCGCAGCGGGCUGCUCAAAGUGAAGCAAAGCUGAAAAAUGUCCUGUCCAAGACCGCCGCAUCGCACUCGCAGGGUCCACCACCCAUCCCUGCUUACAUGAACCCCCCUCAUCACAACCCAAAUUCGCCCAGUUCAUCUCCGCCCUUGAUGAUGCGGAAAUCUAAACCAAAAUUCUCGGCCUAACUGGCCUGCCUAGACUUUCCUUCCUUUUAUAUUCUCCUCUGCUGGGAACUAUUGUAGAUCUUGCAUUACCAACAUAAAGCGGCACACCCUCUCAUCGUCCAUCCUCAUCACGUUAUUGCAUAGCAUAUAGACACAUCGCAUACCUAUAUUCAUACCAGGGCAUCUUUUUCAUUCCCCGUGGUUUUUUUUGCUGCUUUUGUUUUGUCACCCAGCCCAGCGCUUCAGGUGAAGAUUGGAAUUUUAAUACGGGUAGCGAGCUUAUACUUAGCCCGGGAGGUCUUUUACUCUGCUACACGUCUAGUCAUCAUAAUUUAAUGGAUAUUGGGUUUGUUGGGCAA